UGGGGCUCCCGAGAGGAGAAAAUCAUGAAUGAAAUGGAUGCGGCGCUCCCACUCCCCCGCCCUCUCUGUCCAGGCAACCUCGGCGGGGGCGGCGCCUGCAGGGACUCCGCGCAGAGCUGCUGGGGUGAAGGAGCGCCCGAGGUGGGGUCCGAGUUUAUGGGUCCAUGAUCGGCCCCCUUGGGCCCUGGGCGAUGCCGGAGCUCCCCACCCCCACCCCCACCCCUCCAGGCCGGCGAGCCCUGCGCAAUUCCCGGGUAGCGGCGCGAGCCUGCCCGGGGGCGGGGCGGAGCCGGGGUUGGGGGAGCCGAGCGGACCCGGGGCUGCGCCCGCAACUCCGCAUCCCCGGCGCAGUUGGGGAGGCAAUCGUGCCGGGAGUGCGCAGAGAGCGCGGGACUAAGGGCCGGGCGGACAAACCGACGGACGGACGCCCCCGCACACGCAGACGCACGGGGCUCGGCACAGCCCCCGUCACAUACACAGACGGGGACACACGCAGACACACGCACACUCGCGCGCGCACAUCCUCCCGCCAGCCUGCCUGCCCGUCCGCUCGCCGGCGCCCGGAGCCCGCCCUGGCCGUUUGCUUUGUGCUAAGAAAGCCUUCUGGACCUGGCCCCAGAUGGCACCUUUCCCCAUCCGGACACCUUGGGAAUGAAGUUUGAGGGAACUCGGAGUGAGAGGAAGAACCAAGCUGCCGAUGACUCCGAGGAAGGGACCCUGGACAUGUGCUGCAGUGAGAGGCUGCCGGGUCUCCCCCAACCGGUAGUGAUGGAGGCACUGGAAGAGGCCGAAGGGCUCCCCAGCAAGCAGAGAGAGAUGCCACCACCCCCUCCACCCUCACCGCCCUCAGAGCCAGCUCAGAAGCCGCCACCUCAAGGCGCUGGGAGCCACUCCCUCACUAUCAGAAGCAGCCUGUGCCUGUUUGCUGCCUCUCAGUUCCUGCUUGCCUGUGGGGUGCUCUGGCUCAGUGGCCAUGGCCACUCCUGGCUGCAGAACACCACAGACCUCAUCUCCUCUACGCUCACACUGUUGAACCACCCGGGACUGGCGGCCUGGCUGGGUUCUAGGACCUGGGCGCUCCCCAGUCUGCUGCUAGUCUCUCUCUCUGUGGGCAUAGUCAUCAUCACCACCCUGGUGUGGCACCUCCUAAAGGCGCCCCCAGAGCCACCCAUCCCGCUGCCCCCAGAGGACAGGCGCCAGUCAGUGGGCCGCCAGCCCUCCUUCACCUACUCAGAGUGGAUGGAGGAGAAGGUGGAAGAUGACUUCCUGGACCUGGACGCGGUACCCGAGACACCUGUGUUUGACUGUGUGAUGGACAUCAAGCCUGAGGCUGACCCCACCUCACUGACCGUCAAGUCCAUGGGUCUGCAGGAGAGGAGGGGCUCCAAUGUCUCCUUGACGCUGGACAUGUGUACUCCAGGCUGCAACGAGGAGGGCUUUGGCCACCUGGUGUCCCCACGCGAGGAGUCAGCCCACGAGUACCUGCUCAGUGCCUCCCGUGUCCUCCGGGCUGAGGAGCUGCACGAAAAGGCCCUGGAUCCCUUCCUGCUACAGGCAGAAUUCUUUGAAAUCCCCAUGAAUUUUGUGGAUCCCAAAGAGUAUGACAUUCCAGGGCUGGUGCGGAAGAACCGGUACAAAACCAUCCUUCCCAAUCCUCACAGCAGGGUGUGCCUGACCUCACCAGACCCUGAAGACCCUCUGAGUUCCUACAUUAACGCCAACUACAUCCGGGGCUAUGGUGGAGAGGAGAAGGCUUACAUCGCCACGCAGGGACCCAUUGUCAGCACGGUGGCCGACUUCUGGCGCAUGGUGUGGCAGGAACACACACCCAUCAUUGUCAUGAUCACCAACAUUGAGGAGAUGAACGAGAAGUGUACUGAAUAUUGGCCUGAAGAGCGGGUGGUCCAUGAUGGCAUGGAGAUCACUGUGCGGAAAGUCAUCCACACCGAGGACUAUCGGCUUCGACUCAUCUCCCUCAGGAAGGGGACUGAAGAGCGAAGCCUGAAGCAUUACUGGUUCACAUCCUGGCCUGACCAGAAAACCCCAGACCGGGCACCCCCACUCCUGCACCUGGUACGGGAGGUAGAAGAGGCAGCUCAGCAAGAGGGGCCUCGCUGUGCCCCAAUCAUCGUCCACUGCAGUGCAGGGAUUGGGAGGACUGGCUGCUUCAUCGCCACCAGCAUCUGCUGCCAGCAGCUGCGACGCGAGGGCGUGGUGGACAUCCUAAAGACCGCAUGCCAGCUCCGUCAGGACAGGGGCGGCAUGAUCCAGACAUGUGAGCAGUACCAGUUUGUGCACCACGUCAUGAGCCUCUAUGAGAAGCAGCUGUCCUGCCAGUCCCCAGAGUGACCACGCUCGGCCUCUAAGGUCCUCUGGGCACCACCCAGCCUGAGCCUGGGCCUUCACCCCAGCUACCCAGGGUCUUGCCUUGGGUCCUGGGCCUGCUCCCCAUUCCUACCCGUACUUCUUCCUUCUCAAUCUGCUCCUCCUCUGUUAUCCUGGCCUGGCCUCUCACCCCAGUCUAGCUCUUACUACUGUACAUACUGAGAGGGAGAGGGCAGGGAAGGAACGUGCCAGGCCAGGCCUGGGGCCCCUGGGCCCGACCCACACCAUACAGACCUGGGGCCUCAGUUUUAACCAUGGUUCCGUUUGCUAACUUGAUCCACAACGUUUCCGCGCCUCACUCCCGCAAGUGUCCUGCCACAGUGUAUUCUGUCUGUCCAUUCAUCUCUGCUAUCUGUACCGGACACUGUGUCCUCUCAGCUGGGAAACGGGUUCUGAACUGAGCUCCAACCCCUCGGUCCCCAGGCAGAGGUACCUGCCUGUGGCCCCCACCAGCUCCUCCCGAUGAGCAGAUUGCAAUUGCCACCAAGAUGUAGCUGGCUGGCGGUAGUGGAGCCUGGAGAUCAGGCAGGGGAGUGCCUGAAGGUUGGCAGAUCCCAGCUGGGGAAGGUCCCUGGGCUAGGGAAGGCAUCACCUCGGUGGCUCUUGGGUAUCCAGUGCCGUCAGGAGAUAGUGACCAGCCUGAGAAGCACUGGGAAGGAAGAAGGCAGAUGCAGGCAGGGAACCUGGGAGAGCUGGAUCCUAGAGGGAGGGGUGCCAAUGGUAGGGUGGGGACUCAGCCCCGGACCUGCGUGAGACAUCUUUCUGUGUCACUAUGGGAAAGCCCAAAGUCUCGCUGCGUGUUGCGCUGCGUGUGUUCCCGUGUCCGUGCGUGUUGAGAGCCCGUCAGCAGGGCAUGCAUGACUCUUUGGCAAUGUGUGUUAUCUUGGAGCCACGUGUUUUUAUUGCUGACUUUAAAUAUUUAUUCCACGGCAGACAGAGACAUUUGGUGUCUUUUUAUAAUUUGCUCGUGGUCAUUGAAUAGAGCAAUAAACGAAGCAUUUUAAGCAAAA